AAAACACACAGAAAUCAAAACCAAUUCCAGAGUAUCUAUUCCGUACGAAGAGAUGUCAGGAAGAGGAAAGGGCGGCAAGGGACUCGGAAAGGGCGGAGCCAAGCGCCACCGUAAAGUUCUCCGAGACAACAUCCAGGGAAUCACGAAGCCGGCGAUCCGUCGUUUGGCCAGGCGAGGUGGUGUUAAGCGUAUCAGCGGUCUCAUAUACGAGGAGACGCGAGGUGUCCUCAAGAUCUUUCUCGAGAACGUUAUUCGUGAUGCAGUAACCUACACCGAGCAUGCUCGCCGGAAAACUGUGACUGCUAUGGACGUGGUUUAUGCCUUGAAGCGACAAGGUCGUACUCUUUAUGGUUUUGGAGGUUAGGUAAGAUUUAGGGCUUCUGGAAUUAGGUGUAAUUUGAGGUUUUGUUUCACAGAUCUGUUUGUUGGUUUGUUAAAAUUGUUCAUAUAUCUGUGUAAUUGAGAUUCCCAAUCAAUGUUAGUUUGAUCUUGUUGGCA